CCACUCGAUAGCUUGUCACCUUCAGCUGUUUAGCGCCCAAUUUUGGCUUCAUUUGCAAUCCGACGAGAAACUUUUCAAAUUUGAGAGCUCUUCAACUACUUCUUAUAAUUAUUUUAUAAUGGCAGAUUUGGAGCAAUUUAAUGGUCUCGGCUUGUCCACAUAUCUUCAACGGAAGCUGCAGAAAAAGUGCAUUAUAACAAGAUAUGAAUUGCUCAUAACAAGUAAUGCAGAAUUAAUGGAAAUCACGGGGCUUACGGAAACCGCCAUAUUGGAGUUAAAGGAAAAACUUGGCAAAGACUACUUCCCCCUUCAGCAAUGCAUUGUGAACAAUUGGAAAACUUAUAAGAAAGUUUAUAACACCGGAAUUGAGAAUUUAGACAUACUCCUGGCGAAAACACCGUUAAAAACCGGCAGUGUAUGGGAAAUAUGCGGCAAAUCUGGCGUUGGUAAAACUCAAUUAUGCCAUACAAUAGCUUUAAAUUUCGCGGCACAAGCGCAAGGCACAGUCUUGUAUAUAGAUACAAAAUGCGACUUUUCCGGCACACGCAUCAUGGAAAUGCUGCGCUGCCGAACUGUGCCCAACAAUAUUUGCGGACGCAUAAUGCAAAACAUUUUAGUUGAACGCACAGUCACCGGUGAGGGUUUAUGUGACAUAUUGGAGAAGCUUGGUGUGCAGUUGAAUGCUGGCGCUGACGCUGACGGCGGUAAUAUAAAAUUGGUCAUUAUUGAUGCAUUACCGGCUGUAUUUUUUACUUAUCGCAACGAAGCAGACCGCCUUAAAGGUAAAUUUUUGCUUGCAAAACUGAAUAAUUUAGUUUAUCAGCUUUCGAAACAGCAUCAUACAGCCUUCAUAUACGUUAAUUUGUUGGUCAACAUUGAAGAGGAACAACAAAUAACAGACGAUUUGGGCGAGUAGCACAUCAAAAUAAUAUUUUGUAAUGAAAAUUGAAAGUAAUAUACAUUAAAUUAUAUUCAAAAUAUAGAUAACGAAGAAAUUGGCGAGCCGCUUGAAGUGCCAGCAGCAGCACUAAAUCUCGCUGGUUGUGUCGGUAUGCGUCCAACGCUUGGUGAAUAUUGGAGUCGUGCGCCUCACUUGCGCUUAUCAUUGGAAACACAUAGCGACACU